GCGAUACCCGGAUGACAGCUCUAGCAGCAUGCGGUCUGGGAUUUGGAACACAGUGUCUGAACGCCGAGAAACGACUGGAGAACAAGGUGUGUCAGGGUGUUGUCAGCGAUGGUGCCGCGAUCGCCCUCGUUGUCUUCGGUGGACUGGCCACCAUUCCUUUGUGGGGUUUAUUCUGUUGGGCAUACCACUUCAAAGCUGAAGACUCCCAGGAGACUUCAUCCCGGGCAGAGGACCCACCAACUCACGCCGUUGUAGGUCAGAUCUACGUAAUUAGACACGUCGCCAUUGAAAAAAUAGGUGUUAGGAAUACAAACAACGUAUAGAAGGUUUUGCUAUUGUACGUCGGAUCGACUAAUGCCAUUGUACGUCGGAUCGAGUGCGGA